AUGGCUCCGUAUGAAGUUUUGUAUAGUAGGAAGUGCUGUUCUUCGAUUUCUUGGGCUGAGGUAGGUGAAAGAACAUUGUUAGGACCAGAACUUGUGCAAGAAACAACUGAAAAAGUGAAAUUGAUACAACAAUGUCUGAGAACUGCACAAAGUCUCCAAAAGAGUUAUGUAAAUGUUCGAAUGCUAGAUAGAGAGUAUGAAGUCGGGGAUCAUGUGUUCAUAAAAGUGACUCCAAUAAAAAGGCAAGCUCGAUUUGGUGUUAGGGGCAAGUUAGCACCGAGAUAUGUUAGGCCUUAUGAAAUCCUUGAGAAAAUUAACCCAGUGACGUAUCGGGUAGCCUUGCCUCCAGUCAUGGAAAAUAUGCAUAAUGCCUUUCAUGUUUCAAUGCUUUGGGACUAUUUGAGGGAUCCAUUCCAUGUUAUUGAGCUGACACAUGUACUCUUGAAGGAUGAUUAUACAUAUGAAGAAUGGCCAAUUCAAAUCGUUAACCGAAGAAUCAAGAGAUUGAGGAACAAGGAAAUUCCGUUAGUGAAAGUGGAAUGGCAGAAUCAUGGGAGAACUUAUGCUACAUGGAAAACAGAAGAAGAUAUGAUGAAGAGAUAUCCGGAUUUGUUUCCGUUAGACCCAACAUUCUUCCAAAAUGAAGGUAAUUCAAGUUUAGAGGACCAAACUGUUUAA